CUCUGAAUCCCGGAGCGCCGGGCGCUGGGGGACGCCGUUAGCCGUGGGCUUCCGAACGCAGGGUGUUUGGCGGCCGCCGCCAGGCCGGAGUUUCGGGCUUCGCCGCUGUGUGUGUUGGUGCCCCCAGCUUAGCCGCGGCCAUGGGGAUCUUAGAGAAGAUAUCCGAGAUCGAGAAGGAGAUCGCUCGGACGCAGAAGAACAAGGCCACUGAGUACCACCUGGGCUUGCUGAAAGCAAAACUUGCCAAGUAUCGGGCCCAGCUCCUAGAACCGUCCAAAUCGGCCUCAUCCAAAGGAGAGGGCUUCGACGUCAUGAAGUCAGGUGACGCCCGAGUGGCGCUGAUUGGAUUUCCCUCUGUGGGUAAGUCCACCUUCUUGAGUCUGAUGACCUCCACAGCCAGUGAAGCUGCAUCCUAUGAGUUCACAACCCUGACAUGUAUCCCUGGGGUCAUUGAAUACAAAGGAGCCAACAUCCAGCUCCUGGACCUCCCUGGAAUCAUCGAAGGUGCAGCACAAGGGAAAGGCCGUGGCCGGCAGGUGAUCGCUGUCGCACGCACAGCUGACGUCGUCAUCAUGAUGCUAGAUGCCACCAAGGGAGAGGUGCAGAGGUCUUUGCUGGAGAAGGAGCUGGAGUCGGUGGGCAUCCGCCUCAACAAGCACAAGCCUAACAUCUACUUCAAGCCCAAGAAGGGUGGUGGCAUCUCUUUUAAUUCGACCGUGACACUGACCCAGUGUUCAGAGAAGCUGGUGCAGCUGAUCCUGCAUGAGUACAAGAUCUUCAACGCAGAGGUGCUCUUCCGAGAGGACUGCUCCCCGGACGAGUUCAUUGACGUGAUUGUGGGCAACCGGGUGUACAUGCCCUGCUUGUAUGUUUAUAACAAAAUCGACCAGAUCUCAAUGGAAGAAGUGGAUCGCCUGGCCCGGAAACCCAACAGCGUGGUCAUCAGCUGUGGUAUGAAGCUGAACCUGGACUACUUGCUAGAGAUGCUUUGGGAGUACUUGGCCCUGACCUGCAUCUACACCAAGAAGAGAGGACAGAGGCCGGACUUCUCAGAUGCCAUCAUUCUCCGGAAAGGGGCCUCCGUGGAACAUGUGUGCCACCGCAUCCACCGGUCGCUCGCCAGCCAGUUCAAGUACGCGCUGGUGUGGGGCACCAGCACCAAGUACAGCCCGCAGCGGGUGGGCCUGACCCACACCAUGGAGCAUGAAGAUGUCAUCCAGAUUGUCAAGAAGUAGUGGCCAGGGCCAGGCCACCAAGCCACCCACCCUGUCUCCCUGGGGAGUUGGGUCCAGUGUGACACACUGAAGCCCAACAGGAAGAAUACAAAUAUGUGUAUUCCAGGAAGGGGUCUCACAAGUCUCUGCUUUUUCCAGAAGUUUCUUCAGUAGGCAGAUGAUGAGUGUGUGGGACAGAGGGAUGAGAUUGGGGGCUCGGGUUGGGCAGAGGGCAUUUCCUAUGAGACUAGCCCCUGUGGUGGGGACUCAGCCCUGCUUGGGCACUGAGGGAGCAGGUUGCCUCUUACUUUCCAGCCUGGGCCUAAUGCAGAUGGCUUGCUCAGUGUAGGGCUGGGAGCUGGGCUUCACUGUAGGCUCACCUCAGCCUCUCCACCCCUGCAGCUUCUCCAGUUCUCCAGGAGGGGGCCUCCUGGGACAAAAUCCCCCACCCCAGGGUGCCUGGGAAUGGGGACUGGAGGUCAGUGGUUGUAUAGGCCCAGCCCAUGCCCUCCACAGCUUGUUGGGUCCUGAAGUACCCGCCUCCCAGGCAGCCCAUGCCCAGCACAAAAUCCCAGACACUGGGGCUGGGGACUGGAGUUUGGAUUUUUUAUUUUCUCUAUGCCCUCUGAUCUCAGCUCUUGCUGAAAUAAAGGAUGAGAACAAUUUCUGUUCA